CUUGCAAGCUUGCGUUGUUUCGCCGUUGCUGCCUUUCGCGCUUCGGGAGCUCCAGCAACUCACGUCGCGCAAAGCCCCGUGAAAGUCCCGCCAUCCACGCCAGCGGCGGCUUCUGGAGCAAAGCACGACGAAACACCCCCCAACCCACCCCCCAGCCCCACGCCAAACCCAGCAUGUCGUCUUCGGCCAAACAAAGGAGCAACAAGGGCGGUAGUAGCAGUGGCGGCGGCGGUAGCUCCGCCGCCCCAUCCGAAAAGGGAGCCUAUUCUAGCCACCCCGAUGACGUGGCAAAGAAGCAGCAGCCCAAUCCGGCCCACGCGAAGGCAAGCAAAGGGGGCUCCCCGGCUGCCGGAGGGGGCGUCAGACCCCCCUCCUCUUCGUCCUUCUGCAGCCUCGGCAAGCUCUUGAACUUGCUCUUCUUCCUCGUUCUCGUGGCCUGGGCCGCGUUCUCGGGCUACUACGUCCAUCACCUCUUGGAAGAAGUGAAGCAGAUCGGCCUCAGGCAAGAAGGUCUGGCCAAGCAGCGAGACGAGUCGGCCCGCUCCUUGGAAGGGGCUGUGCAAAAGGUGCAGUCCCUUCAGUCUGCAUUUGGUGGUUUCGAAUUGACACUGAAAAGUGCGCAGCAAAAGCAAGAAGUCACCGACAAGGCUGUUAGGCAAGGGGAAAGUGAGAUCAGUCGCAUUAGUGAGGUUCUUCAGAAACUACAAAACGAAAUCCUGAAAGACCUGUCUGAUGGUAUUCAUGUCGUAAAAGAUGCCAGAGAACGAGAUUUCACAUCGCUAGAAAACACUGUGGAAGAAAGGCUCACAGAGCUAACCAGGUCUAUCAAUGACAAUAUUGCCGAAUUCACCGACGUUCAGAAAAGGAGCCAAGAUGAACUCAACGAAGUAAAAACAAAGGUGGCUUCGCUUGGUGAAACAGAGGCGUACAAACAUGAACUUCAGAUGUUGAAAGGCGUUGUAGAUGAGAUGAGAAUGUCCAUGAGAGCUAAAGAGAAGACUAUCGAGUCAUUGCAAAGUACCAUAGAUUCAAUGGAGUCCGAUGUGUUGUCUGAAGUCAAAGAACUCAUCAACCUCAAGCAGGAGCAUGAAAAGUUCAAAGAGGCUGCUGACACAGAGCACCUUUCAUUACAAGCUUUAGAAGAGAAAGUUCUUAAAGCAGAAGAGUCUGUUGCACAUCUUCCUGAUGAGCUUAAGAGAUUUAAUGAAGAGUUGUCACUCAUCAAGACUUCUAGUAAUGUACAAGACGUCAGUGGGCUCUCCAAAGAUAUGGUAGAAAGUCUGCAAAAGAGCAAUGAAGGACUCAAAUCCAGGCUUGGAUCCAUAGAAGAGAACCUUCGGACUCUGGAAUCUUUUUUGCCCCUGUAUGACAGCAAGCUAGCUGCAUUAGAGCAAGAUCUGGGCUCUCUCCGUGGUACAUUAGAAGAUGAUGUGCGUUCGGUGACCAAUACCGUAAGGAGUCUUAGCGAAGCUCAACUCUCAAUGUACAGUGACGUCGAUGAACUACGGAGAAGUGUGAGCGACUUGCCAAACAACGCUGAUGCACUUGAUAAUAUCCAGAAGCAAGUGCGUGCUUUGCUGGAUCAAGAAAAGCCUCCAAUGGAUGCAGGGUCAUCUAAAGAUCAUCUAGAAGAACUCUCGUCUGUGAAAGGUUCCGUUGAUGAAUUGCGAUCUUCUUUUGGCCAGGUCAAAUCUGACUUAAAAAUGCUAAGAGCUGCAGUGGAUAAUUUAGUGGCUUACUCUGUGAAAAUAGAAGCCAACGAGAACAAUGUAGAGUUGGUGAAAAGCUCCUUAGAUGACAUAAAGAAUGACCUGGACAGGUUGUUUGUGAAAGUAGAAAAGAUCCAUGAAGAGGUUUAAGCAUCUGCUGUAAUGCAUGCUUAACUAUUGAACUGCCAAAAAUAGAAAAGGGGAAAAAAAAAGCUUUCAUAGGCCAAAGGUUUUUUGUUGAUGAUGGUGAGAAGUGGAAUAUAGGUCUUGAAAUGAAGACCUAUUGAUGCCACUAGAAAAAUCAUAACACAUUCCAAUUAGUUUGCCAUUUUUAUUUUUUCAACUGCUUGGACAAAUCGUUUUUGUUUCUGCUGCUUAAUCCAUAGUGCAUGGGUGUGAUGUGUGUAUGUGGGGUGGGGUGGGGACAAACUAUGAUGAUUGUUGCCUCGAUCCAUUUGACAGAUACGGGGGUGGGGGCUUCAUUAUGCAACAAGAUACCCCAUUGAUUUGAACAAAUGAAGCUAGACUCACAUGUCCAUUGCUCUGCACAUGUACAUCUACUUCCUCCAUUGAAAUAGAGCAGCUGAUGCAUAUAAGAGUGCUAGGUAGAUAUCAGCCUGUGCAUAGAGAUUUGUGUGUGCAGGUGUAAUAUAGACAGUGUUUACAAGCAAGUUCCUGUAUGGAGUAGUAUAGUGUAAUGAAAUUCAGGAUUUUGUGUCUGUGAUGAGGCUGCUCCGCAGGUCUCAUAAUCAACAUUGCUAUUUCAGAGCAAAACCAAAGAGCGCUCUUCUCACUCUGGUGCUUUUGAACUGGCCAUGGAGAAUAAAAAUCGGCCAUAAGGGCUAGAAACUUGCCAUCAAUCUGCUCUUAAUGGGACUGUUACUAUGUUGUAGGCUAAAUUUGUUUUCGGCUUUGGUGUCCUAAUUCCUUAUUGCAGAGAUUUGUAGGAACCAGAUGAAACCUCCUAAAUAAAAUUAUGCUGCUUUGAUAAAAAAAAUACCAAAAGGAGAAAGAGGGCUAAAAGAUACAGAAUUGUUUCCAAACAAAAUUCUUUGAACAUCUCUCACGUGAUGUGGCCAGGUUUAACAUAUGUAACUAUAACCUCUAUGCUAAGUGCCUGAUCUUUUAUUGUUGACUUUGAUGAAACAGAACUGGACCUCAGGCAGGGACUUAAAAAAAAAACCUGAACUUCGGAUGUUGCAGAUUAUUGAAGUUUUAAUAAAAUUCAUUUUUUAAAGAACCACUGAAUUAUGUAACUGGCUGGAUUCUUGUUUACCUCCUUUAGAAAAUAUUUUUGUUUUGGUCUUUUACCUUUUUUAUUUAAUAUGUUUUAAAAGUUAUCUAAUAAUAGAAGCAGGCUUUUGAGGAAUGCUCUAGAGAACUAUGCAUACUAAUUGUUACACUUUUGAUUUUUUUUUUUUUAAAAAAGCAGCAAAGGUAAAACGGUCCUUAGGUAGAAGGCAGAAAAGACAACGAACCGCCUCUUACGUUACCAGCACUGUGUAUAUCCAGAGACUGUUGCCAAGAGACCUUAACCCUUAAAACCCAAGACGGAUGCUCUGCAUUGAGAUUGGUUAUUACUUUCUUAAGCUGCUUUUCAUGGACUUUCCUUUGCAACUGUAUAGUUGACUGUGAAAUUAACAUUUCCCCCCAGUACCUGUAAUGCCUAAUAAAACCUUGG